CUUCUCUUUCUCUCCACUCACCAAAGGAAGUUCUUCACUUCACCCACCCUUCUGCCCAGAAGCCCAAUGAGAGCGCUUUCUCUCUCCCCGUUUUGGGGAACACUGUGGAGGCCUGGAGAUGGCGUGGGGAUUGGGGCACAUAAAGUCUUUCGAGAGACAGAACCUUUGAUCAGAUGGGAAGGAGAAGAGAACUAGAAGACAUCAGAAAGUUAAAGCAGUUCAGAAAGGAUGAGAUCCUGGGACCUAGUAUUAGAAGGUGAGAGAAUGAAGAAAUCGUCCCUUGCAUUUGAAGGCUCCCUGACAAGUGGCACUGUGCUAUGAUACGGAUGGGCAUGAGCGUAUGAGCAACAGUGCUAGCAUUUACCAAAGUAAACGCACAGACAGCCUCGUACAGCUUCAAGAUUGCAAGACCUUCGAGUCUCUUGCAGAGCUCCUUAGUGGUGAGGCGCUCCACAGCAGGAGGCUUGGGGGCGGGGUAAAAGCAGCGGAGAAUCCGCAGGACACCGGAGGAGGCUGUGAGAGAGCGUCACUGGGAAGGCGGGUAGCUUGGCGCGUGGAACUCCUGUCCGGACACCAGUGAGUUGGGGGUGAAGGAAAGCGAACCCGGAGUUCUGGGAGCCGGGAGAACCUCUGAUCUGGGGCUGUGGACAAGGUGACCAUCCAGAGAAGGACAUUCCGAGAGGGCGGCUGAGGCGAUCCUGAGGAGGAGGUAACCCGCGGAAGCAGCGAUCGGAUCGGGGCUCAGCUGCUGUCCCCUUUACUAUCCUUCUCACCCCCCCCCCCCAAAGCCCAGUUGUCCUUCUCUUUCCCGCUGAGGGAAAAUCCUACGUGCCCUACAAAUAUGGAGGGUCCCCCGGCAGCCCGUGUUCCCAAGCCCGGGGGCAUGGCCGCCCUAAGUAGACCAGGAUGUAAGGACCUGCUCUCAGGACCAUGUGAUAUGGCGGGCUGCAGCCUGGUCCCCUGCAACCUAGCUAACUGUAACCUGCCCGCCUAUAAUCUGAACAGCUGCGGCCUGCCCAGCCUCAGAGUGGUGGGUGCUUGUGAUCCGAGCCCCCAGGUUAUAAACAACUGCAACACAGAUAGGUGCGACCUGCUUAGCUGCAACCUGCCCGGCUAUGACCAGGCCAACACCGAUCCUCCCAACUGUGAUUUGGCAGGCCCUGCAGUAGAGGACUUCUCGCCCUCCCAUGUGAAUUUGGCACAGAGCGGAGAGGCCCCUGCUGGGAGCAGCAGUUUGAGUGGCAGCACAAGCAUGGAAGGGUCUGAGCCCCAGAAAGUAAUUCUGCAGCUAGGGGAGCCUAUGCUGCAGGAUGGAUUUAUUCGGCUGGAGGGGCCUGUACUGCAGGAGGGCCUAGUGCAGCUGAGGGGGCCUGAGCAGCAGGAAGGGCUUGUGCAGGUAGAAGAAACUGUGCUAUUGGAAGGACUUCAGCAAGUAGUGGGGCCUGAGCAAAAGGAAAGACUUGUGCGCUUAGAUGGGCCUGUGCUACAGGAAAUACUUGAGCAGCUACAAGGAACUGUGCUGCAGCCUGAGCCAGUGAAUGGACUUGUGCUGCAUUCUGUACCAGUGGAGAGAGUUGUGCUGCAGCCUGUGCCAGUGAAAGGCCUAGUGCUGCAGCCUAAGCCUAUGAAGAGUGCUGAGCCGCAGCCUGCAGCAGUGGAGGAGCCUGGGACAUCAAAGGCAACUAUGCCUCAGCCUCCUGUUCCCAAGCAGCAAGGGACCAAGAGGAAACGCUCCAUCAAGAGAACUGAGAGGAGUGGAUCCCUGAUGUCCCUGACCCAGAGGUUCAUGGAACUGGUCAAAGUAAGCCCUGAAGGGCUCCUAGACCUUAAUGAUAUGGCAGUAAAGCUGAAUGUCCACAAGCGGCGUUUGUAUGACAUUACCAGUGUGCUGGAAGGCAUUGGUCUCCUGGAGAAGCGGGCCAAGAAUACCGUGCAGUGGGUAGGCCCAGAUCCGAGGACCCUGGGAAUCCCCAAACUGCUGAGCCAGCUGGCAGAGCUGGAGUCCAGUGAGAACCACCUGGAUGAACUGAUUUCUGACACAAAAGAGAAGCUUGAUAGCAUGACUAAAAACCCUGAGAACCAGAAGCUAGCCUAUGUGACCUCCCAAGACAUUCAGACUAUCCAGUCUUUUAAGGAAAAUCUUGUCAUCUUGUUCAAAACCCCAGAAGGAACCCAGAUCCAAGUGCUGGCCCCCAAUGCUGACUCUGCAUCCAUCUAUCUAAAGAAUGUGAAGGAGCCUAUUGAGGCCUACUACUGCGAGGUGGAUUAGGAGGGCCCAGGGUGGGAGGUGUUUGGAAGGCCUUGAGAUCUUAUUUGGAAAAAAAAAGCCUCCCUCCCCUCCCUAAGAUCCACCCCAUGAAUCAAAACCUUCCAGCCUGUUUAACCUAACUGAAAAUUGUCCUGAAUUUUUGAACCGUUUACAUGUUCCAGACUUGUUUGCAGUUACAUUUCAUACACUGACUUGAACUUUGUCUACACUGAGACUCUUUGAAGUAGUUUUGAGAGAGGACAUUCUUUUGCCCAGCAGCAGUUCACCUUCAUCACCCCUCCCAGAAGAGGUACAAGGACUCUCAUACCCGGGAGGACUCCCGAGUGCUAAACUUUCAACAGAACAAACUGCUUUUGCCCUAGGUUGUUGACCCAAGGGAAGGUUUCUUUUUGAAACAACUCCAUUAACAUCUUGCCAUUCUAUAGAAUAUGUUUACUCUUAAUGCUAUACAGUAUUAGCUAGUUCUGAAAGUCAAGACCUCCAUUGUUUAUUAAUUCCUCCUUUUGAAAUGCAUUGUGCUGUCUGCCAAUGUGGCACAGUUUACAUUUUGAAGCUUCUUCUAAAAUUAUGCACAAUUCAUGCCAAUGGGAGGGUUUUUAGCUUUCUGUCUGCCCUUUAGAAAGCUAAUCAGACAUAUGAAAGGUCUUGAGAUUCUCAUCUUCUAUGCAGAACAUGUGUGCAUGUGCUUGUGUGUGUGUGCACAUGCAUGUGUGAAAAAGUCAAAAAUAAAAGGGUUCUAUUAAAGAUAUGUUAGCAGAUAUGUGUUGUAAUAUAGAUCUUGGGUAAAAGUAUUCCAUUCCUUCCCAGAUGCUCACGUAAAAGCUAUUCAGAAAGGUUCAAACAGGAGGACAUUUGCCUGGAUUCUAAAUUUUUGUUCAAUUCAAUAUUCUUAGUUAGUCAGGGUUGGUGGAGGUGGGGGGGACAAGACACCUCACAUUUCUACAGUGUAUCCUAAAAGUCUUGAUAUAUUUUAUGGCUUAAGGCUUGGAACAUACUGUAUAUUGCUUUACAAUCUCAAUGAUUCUUUCUUGCAACAACCCUUAGUUAGAGUACAAGUAGUAUAAUCUCUAUCUUCCAGAUGUAGAGAUUGAGGUUCAAACUAGUUAAAUACCCAUGCUUUCAGAGCAAGGAAAUGGUGGAGCUGAGAUCAAAGCUUUGAGUUCUGGUGCCAACUCCUGAUAUGUUGAGUGUUCUCUGUAUCGCAGACCCUUGUAAUGUUGAGGUCCACUUUGUUUAUGACCUUAGGGACCCUUGGAGAACCAGUAAGAAAAAAGAAUGUAAAAUAUAUCAUUAGCAGUGACUCAUUAAUGCAUUGCUCUAAAGGUUCUACGUCUGCUUAUUGUUUCUCAUUUUUAUUGUGUAAGUGGUUAAGAAGAUGCUUUUUUCUUUGUGUAAUUUAAAGUGUAAAAAUUAAUCUAAUUUUUAAAAAUUAUAUAAAAAUGGGAUUCCAGAUUUUGAUGUAAAUUUACUUUAAGGUCUACCUCUGCUUCUCCUGCAAUCAUAUGUUUCUAUGUAACUUAAUGGUUAAAUAGUUUUCUUACUCAAAGGUUUUUUACUCAGAGUUUUCUUACUCAGAGGUUAAGCUAGUUUUCUUACUCAGAGGAGGCCCAGUGGCCCAAAAUGAACCAAAAAGUAAUCUUAGAAAGUUUAUGUAGCCUGAAAAACUUAAUGUUUACACAAUGCAAAAAUAUAUACUUGAUUUAUUGGGGGGCAGGGGGAGUGCCUACUGCUUAGCCCAGUGACCUAAAUGUUUAAUGAUUAAUUGGAUGAACAUUAUACAGAUCAAUAAAAUUUUAUUGCAA